AUGAUCAGUGCUGAACCCGAGGAGCCUCUCCAUGUGCUCGACCUGCCCCAGAUCCAUUCCAAGCCUUCCGGCACCGAGAUUCUACGAGCCCUUGACCUCCUAGCGAUUAAACCACGCAGUUUCGGAACAACUUCUAAAAUUCGUGAAGCGGCGAAGGUCCGAAGCGUUCACCCGGCCGGCAUAACCCGUUAUCUCACAACGAUCAUCUCGAGUCCGCUUUCAUGGCUCGAUACCGACGAAUUGCGAGAGGCAGUCUGGGAUGCUACCUCGGCUCGACUCAGUGAGCGGUGUGGCCGAACUGCAAUGCCUGCCAUGUCCCGAGUCUUCACUGUGCCAAAUUCCUCGGGCGAAGAACUUACCCUGACCCUGCACGAGCCCUCCUUGACCGCUGAUAACCUGGGGAUGAAAACAUGGGUCUCCUCAUAUCUCCUCUCUCAGCGACUUCACUCUGUUCUAGAGUCCACGCCGCCGUUGGUCCCGUCCACGGCCACGAUCCCGAAGGCCGACCGGACUCUGCGCGCGCUGGAACUGGGAUCGGGGACUGGACUCGUGGGACUUGCCUUUGCUGCAAUUCACGGAGAGUCCGCUUCCGUCCAUCUCACUGAUCUUCCCGUCAUUGUUCCCAAUCUGGCGCACAAUGCAGCUCUCAAUGUCGAGCUGCUGACCAAGUCCAAUGCACAAGUCACGACGGGAGUCCUAGAUUGGUCCGUUGACCCGGAGCCGCUCCCAACCCCCGAGGAGAAAUACGAUCUCAUCUUAGCAGCCGAUCCUCUGUACUCGCCCAAACACCCGAAAUGGCUGGUCGAUACGAUCGGUCACUGGCUCAGUCGCGGCCUCGACGCUCGUGUCGUCGUCGAAAUGCCGCUGCGGGAUGCAUACCUGCCCCAGGUACAGGAGUUCCGGCAACGGAUGACAGAUAUCGGACUAGCUGUCGUCAGCGAGGGGGAAGAGACCGGGUAUGACGACUGGGAGACUGCGGACGGGGGAGCGGUGGCAGUCCGAUGUUGGUGGUCCAUCUGGGGGUGGAGCGAGAAGCUCUAG